UCGAGAAAUACCGCCAGUGUGCUUCCAGACAUCGAUGGGCGAACCACGUGAAUUCCAACAAAAUUCAAUACUCACUGUUACGUGAUCCGGUGGUUUCCCCACGUACCUUCAACGAUUAGCGAUCAGACAAGCAUAAAUAACUCAUCAGUUGGAAACGUUCAGUCUCGCUUUCGACCAGUCGAGUUCGUGAAACUUUCCCCAUUAUAUUUGUGAUUCGAAAUUAGAAACGAUUUUCCAGUAAAGCACCGGGUCGAUGAUAAUUUUAACAGUGACUCGAGCCGAAGCAUCAUUUCAAGCCGCAGAAGAUAGCAUCUACGGUGAAUUACUUCCGCCCUGUAACCGAUUUCAUCGCAAACUGUGAAAACAGGUCCUUUUUGUAAAGCCACAGCAGUUCCAGCUACGAGAGCUAACAAACAUCACAUACACGGAAGACGAAUAUUUUUUUAAUUCAAACGCACCGACUUGGAACAAACAGUAGACUUAUAUAUACCUGUACAUACGAGGAAAAUUCUGUUAUCAAAGUUGAUACUCGAAACCAGCUCACCAGUGCCACUAUCUUCGUCGAUUCUUUAAUCGAUAACAAGAACGUAAUUCGAGCGAAGGAGAAGCUGUAAGCCGAUAGAGUGCGGAAGUUGGGAACACUAUCUUUUUAUUACGUCAGGCCUCGACAAUUUGACGAACAUUUCGCAAAACGAAAUCAAAUUAACUGCGUUAAAUCGUCUGCAUGAAGUAAUCCUCGUUCGAGAGAUAUAUGUAUGUGUGAAUCAUUAGUUUAGAUUAGUAUUGCCAAGUUAAAGCACAAACUGGAAGAGACUGGAAUGUCAUCAACGAAUGGACCAUUCAAAUGUUUUCAUUUCUCUGCGGCUACGCGCGAGACUUUGCGAUUGUACUUUUAUUAACGAAGAAGGGAAUACGUUUGCAUCUCCGAAGAGGAUCACUGUAACGAAGUGAGAUCGAGUGGGAAACUCGGCGAACCAAAGAAAAUCUGCGAUCGAAGAUAAAUGUUUACGGCAACAACAAUUUCAGUGGUUUAUAAAUAGAACUCAAAGGAGCAACAUGUAUGGGAUAUCGAGAAAGUGUUUGGUGCUGUUGCAAAUAUUAUUUUGUCAAUUGGCGAUUAGUGGCGCACGUAUGGACAGUGAAACACGGAUUAUAUCCAUUCCUCUGGAAAACGAGACAGUGAUACCUGAAAGGUACAAGAAUUUACCUGUGGUUGGCAAAUGUUGUCCGUUUGGCGAGGUUUUCGUGAAAAAUGGCACCGAUGCGGUUUGCGUUCCGCAUUCGUUUACGACCGGGAAUUUCUCCCCAGUAUUCUACGACUUUAAUGCAUCUGGUUACGAAGUUCCCGGUGUGGCUCGAAGUUCGUUUGUCGCGAUUGUUGGAGAUCCUUGUAAAUACAAGAGGUACAUUUUAGAUCCGUACGCUGAUUACAGGGAUAACAAUUAUUUAUUAACAAACGGUUCUAUAUUCGCGCCCGAUCACGAUCCAAAAAUAUUGCAACCCGGAGUCGAUUACUGUGUAGAAAUCGUGCCAGACCUAGGGCUUACAACUUUUGUAUGCUUCCCCGAAGAUCGCGUGAUAAUCACCGCCGAUUCCCGAAUCACCAUCUACGCCUGCGGACUUUUAAUAUCAGUGCCGUUUUUAAUUCUCACCAUCGUCGCGUACUCCAUCACGCCCAAGCUGCGAGACAUUCUCGGCAGAGCAUUGUGCCGUUACUGCGGAUGCUUAGGCGUUGCUUUCACGUUGCUAGCAAUCACGCAAUUAUGGAGCAUUGAUCUGUCGGAUCAAGCUUGCAUCAACAUAGCGUUCGUCGUCCAGUUCUCCUUCGUUGCGUGCUUCUUCUGGCUGAAUGCCAUGUGCAUCGAAAUGUGGUCGCUGGUGCGCGUGUACGUGGAUCGGGAAACGUACAAGAGAAUGAAACCAAGGAAGUUGUUCUUUUGGUACUCUUUAUGGUGCUGGGGUCCCUCGGUGAUACUUAUCCUCGUCUCGAUGAUUAUGGAUCUCGGCCCGAUAAUACCAGCGACUUACGUGAAGCCAAACUCACUCGGCAAGGAAAGUUGCUCCUUCAAAUCGGAGGAUAAAGCGGUGCCGUACUUUUACAUACCAGUCGGGCUGCUCCUCCUUGGGAAUAUAUUCCUUUUUGCCAUGAGUUUCGUCAAAUUGACUAAAUAUCAAAGGAAUCUCGACUUGAGGCGUCUCGCGAGAAAUCAGGAAUCGGAUCGGCUCGAUCGGAAGUACCUCCGACGUCUCAUGCGCACCGCAAUCGUUUGCAUGAUCAUCUUCUUUCUGAUGGGCUUCAACUGGAUGAUGGAACUGAUAUCCUGGUUCGUCGACGGUGACUCGUUCGACUGGUCCUCCUUCGACCUUAUAAACGCUCUUCAAGGUGUCCUCAUUUUCGCAUUGUUCGUGCUGCGAAGGCCACCGAGGGACUUCGUGUGGCACAAGAUACAACAGCUUCGCGGUAUCAACGGGGCGGCCGACGUGGAAGUCGAAAGCGUGGAACUGUAUCUACUGCCGACGACGAACGGCGACACUCUGCCCAGAUGAACGACGAUCCCACGUAUACAAAAUAAAAUCUAUUCCCUUCCGAUCCUUUCUCGAAUUCAGCACGUCGCGAAGGGAUUGUGAAUCAACUGCCGAAAGAUGUUUGAAAGUUCCUCGACGAGAUGUACAAUUUUUCUAUUUUUCUUUUUCAUUUAUGAAGCAUUGAAUUGACCGUGAAUUGAACAUGAGAAAUUCAAUGACACUGAUAAAUUUAUUUUAUGCAAGACUUGUUAAAUUAUUUAUUACGCGCGUGAUGAAACGAAAACAGUGUAUCCAACGUGUAGCAUAUCUCAUCAGAUUUAUUUUUCAUAUCAUUUUCUAGUUUCGUGCGGAGUGUGACUUGUAAUUUAUUUAAAAUAGUUUAAUUAUUACCACCUGGAGCAGGAUAACUUUAUAUGAAUGAAAUCUUCGGAGUUUUUAUGUAUGCGUUUGCAUUUCAUUUUCAAAUCACCUCUCGUUCCCUCAUUCAGUUUUUUAUUCUCUGUUGAUCGUUCGUGUUCACUGUGAAUACUUGUGCAUCCUAAGAAAAAGACUUGAAGAAAUGAACAAUUUUCUACAUUUACAAUAAAUUUCAUGAAUAUAACAACAGCUCAUUCGAUUAUUGAAUUUAUAAUUAUGUUCAAAGUGACUGCACACACAGACAAACACACACAUUAUAUUUGCAUUUCCUGAUAAUGGUGGUAUAAUUCUUAGAAACUUGUUUUGAUUAUGUAAAAACUGUCUGUAACUCGUUUUAUAAUGACAUAUUGAAAUUGUGAUAUUUGUAUACCGAUUGCAUAACAGUAAGAAACCGGAUAACUUUUAUUAUGACCUUAGAUCGAAUUCUUUGAAUCUUGUAUAUUUAGCAUUAAUGAAUUUCUAAUGAUAUAUAUAUAUAAUA